AUGUUCCCAGCACUGGAAACAGACCUAAAGCAGAAGGCUCUUCUUGAUCCUUAUGAAGACUUUAUGUACCGUCACCUCCAGUAUUAUGGCUAUUUUAAAGCUCAGCAAGGCAGUUUACCAAACUGUGCUACGCAUCAGCAUGUUUGGAAGCAUAACCCUCGAAACCUGUUGAAUGGCUCUUUUGGAGAAAGAAAUAAUUCGAUAUCAGAUACCCUGCAAAAGGAGAAGCUUCUAUGGUCUACCUGUUUAUCUGCAGCUGUGCACAAACAGAUAGAAGCUGUAAGCAGAGGAGAGUGUGAGGUUACAGACAUGUUCUAUUUUCCCUAUUACAGAGACACCUAUGAGUACGAACUCACCUUACAAACCGACCUCUACACAAGCAAACAUACUCAGUGGUUUUAUUUUCGGGUUCAGAACACCAGAAAAGAUGCCACCUAUCGCUUCACCAUCGUCAACUUGCUCAAACCCAAGAGCCUUUAUACAUUAGGGAUGAAGCCACUCAUGUACUCCCAGUUGGAUGCCAACAUCCACAACAUUGGCUGGAGGAGAGAAGGAAAUGAAAUCAAGUACUAUAAGAACAACACAGAUGAUGGGCAGCAGCCCUUCUACUGUCUCACAUGGACCAUUCAGUUUCCACAUGACCAGGACACUUGCUUCUUUGCACACUUCUACCCAUAUACAUACACCAAUUUGCAAUGCUACCUCCUGUCAGUGGCAAACAACCCCAUGCAGUCUCGGUUCUGCAAGCUCCGAACUUUAUGCAGAAGCCUAGCAGGAAAUACCGUCUACCUGCUCACCAUCACCAAUCCAUCCCAGACCCCUCAAGAGGCAGCUGGAAAGAAAGCUGUGGUCCUGAGUGCCAGAGUCCACCCUGGGGAAAGUAAUGGCUCCUGGAUUAUGAAAGGCUUUUUGGACUUCAUCCUUAGCAACUCCCCAGAUGCCCAGCUCCUCAGAGAUAUCUUUGUCUUCAAGGUGGUUCCUAUGUUAAAUCCAGACGGCGUGAUUGUGGGAAAUUAUCGGUGUUCCUUGGCUGGAAGGGACUUGAACAGGCAUUAUAAAACCAUUCUGAAGGAUACUUUCCCUUGCAUUUGGUACACCAGGAACAUGAUCAGAAGACUUCUUGAAGAAAGAGAGGUUCUCCUGUAUUGUGAUUUCCAUGGCCACAGCCGGAAGAAUAAUAUCUUCUUAUAUGGCUGUAAUAACGACAAUCGCAAGUACUGGCUUCAUGAGCGGGUCUUCCCUUUAAUGUUAAGCAAAAAUGCACCAGAUAAGUUCUCUUUUCAUAGUUGUAAUUUCAAGGUCCAGAAGUGCAAAGAAGGAACAGGACGAGUUGUGAUGUGGCGGAUGGGAAUCCUAAACAGCUACACCAUGGAGUCUACCUUUGGCGGGUCCACCCUGGGUGGUAAAAGAGAUACCCACUUUACGAUUGAAGAUCUGAAGUCCCUAGGUUAUCAUGUCUGUGACACUCUUCUUGAUUUCUGUGAUCCUGACCAAACCAAGGUAAAAAUGGGGUUUCAAGAAAUGUGCACCAGUGGUUCUGACAGCUCUCUCUCAGAUGGUCUUCCUGUUCACCUGCUGAACAUGGCAGAUGAGUUGAAUCAGAAGAAGAAGGCGCUUAAGAAGAAAAAAAAGAAGCUACGUCAGACUAGGAAACAGCGAAAUGAGCAGUAUCAGAAAAAUAAUUUGAUGCAGGAGUUAAAGUUAACAGAAGAAACCCCCGAAAGAGCAGGAUAUGCUUCUACUCUGCAAAAGCAGCCUACCUUUUUAAAAAAUUCAGAGAAUUCCCAUUCUUCAACAAUGAAAAAUGAAAAACCAAGGUUCAAUGAGACACAGUUAAUUGGAAGACACAAAGGCACCUCCCUGGACCCAUCAAUGACCACCCUGAUUCUGACUAAGAAUAAAGAGAAAAUGCAGAGUAAGAAGCUAGGCAUUACGGUAUCAUGCACUCCAAAAAGAAGCACAAACUCAAGCCAAGAGCCAGUUCCAGGUAUGAAGCCAAACUGGCCUAGAAACAGAUAUCCUGUCACAAAAAGAGGCCGUGCUGACAUGGUGGCAUACCCAUCCUUGCACAUAUAUACGUACCCGUAG